AUGGAUGACGAUCUAGUAAACAAAUUAAAAGCAAAGUUGAAAAAUAUGAAAGAAGAAGCUCAGAAAAGAAGGGAGUUAACUAAGAUACAAAAGUAUGAGUUAAAGAAAAAAAUUCAAAGAGAAAAUUACCAUAAAAAAAAAUUAGAAUCCAAAGAGAGAAUAUCAAAGAAAGAACCCCCCCUAGAAAAUAGUAAUAGUAGUGAGGUUUUACCAUCGGUUUUGCCAAAGAAAAAUACUUUGAAAAUAAAAUUAGGGCCAUAUACUGCUGAGGAAAACCAAUCUACUAGCGCCACCACACGUGCUGAUAAAAAUUGCCCAAAAGAAGUUCAAGUAAAAAAUAUAAAGAGAAAGGUCAAGGUAAAUAAUGAAGAGCAACGGAAAAAAGCCCGAGAAAAAAAGAGAAGGCAGAGGGAAAAAAGAAGACAAAAUAUAGAAGCAUAUACAAAAUAUACAGAGAGAGAGAAAGAACGAAAUAAAAAAAGAAAGGAAGAAGGAAAGUUAACACCUAUAAUGCAAAAGAAUACACGAGAAAAGAAACGACAAAGAAAAAAAUGGACAGAAAAUUCCAGGGCAUACAGAUUAAAAAAAAAUCAACAGGGGAGGUUAGAAAAAAUUAUAGACGAAAAAACCUCACCCUUAAGCUCAUCAACUUCACCUCCAGAAGCAGAAAAAAAUAGCAGAGUAAAGACUAAAAGGACAUCGACUAAGAAUUAUAGGGAAUACAAAAAAACAAUUUUGGACUUACGAAAAUCUUUAAAAACUUUAGGACAACGCGCCGAGCGUUACAAAAAACGUUACAAUAGAUUAUCGAAGAAAAAACGUAAACAAUCACGUUCCCCUUCACCCAAUACUAAUGUAAAAAACAUUUUAAGACAAACAACUAAUGACAUAAAAAAGAAAUUACUAUUUAGUGAAUGUUUGGUAAAAGAAAUUAAGGCAAAGGCGAAAGAUUCUAAUGAAGUGGAAAAAAAUAUAUUAGGGGCUUGUAUCUCAUCUUCUAUUUAUAAAAAAUAUCGUGUUCAAUCUGAAGCAACGUCUAUUGUGUCUCGUCAUAUUUUAAAAAAACACCUUAAAUCUCAAAUUAACCAUGUUAAAAAAAGGCAACUCCGAACCCAACAAAUGAUGAGUAUAAGACGACAAAUUGAGAACUUUUUUCUUGAGGAUGAAAAUACCAUACCAGCACCUGGCAAACGUGAUACAAUUACCAAGAGAAAAAUUACCAAACAAAAGAGGUACCUUACUACAACACUAAAAAUCCUAUACAAAAAGUAUGUCGAUCAGCUUAAGUCAAAAAUAUCUUUUAGCACCUUCUGUAGAUUGCGUCCAUUUUAUGUUCUAAAACCAAGAGUGUCUAACAGAGAUACAUGCUUAUGUAUCAAACAUGAAAACGUUAAAUUUAUUUUGCAAAAGCUACAUUACUUUAAGAUUGUAAGGAGUAAAAUACCCAGUGAAGUUAUAAGAGAAUUAGUUUGCAAUCACAAGGACAAAAAUUGCAUGUAUCGUGAAUGUCAAUCAUGUAAGAACAAAAAAUGCCAUUUAGCUAACGAAGAACUGUCGGCUCGCGUGACUUUUUAUUAUGAGUGGAAAAGUAGGGUUGAAGAAAGAAAAGAUAAAAAUGGAAAAGAAAUAAAAGUAAGAAUAACAGCCAAGGAAAGAAUUUCUUGUUCGGUUCAAGAUUUAGUUAAAAAAAUAAAUGAUUUAUUUCCAAAAUUUUUAAUCCAUGAGUACAAUAUCCAACAUCACUUUAAAAAAAUUAAGCAAUUGCGGCAAAACAUUUCGUCCGGUUCAGCAAUCAUAAACAUCGAUUUUUCAGAGAACUAUGGAUGCAAAUACUCAAACGAAAUACAGAGCGUGCACUUUGGAGCAUCAAAACCUCAACUUAGUCUCCACACUGGUGUCAUAUAUUUUAAAAUUGGUGACAAAUUGCACCACCAAUCCUUUACCACUGUUUCGGAUCAACUCUGCCACAAACCAUACGCAAUUUGGGCCCAUUUACAACCAGCUUUAGAGUUAGCUACAAAAUUAAUCUCUGGACUAGAUACUAUCCAUUUUAUCAGUGACGGUCCAACCUCUCAAUACCGAAAUAAAAUAAAUUUCUUCCUUAUUACGUAUUUUGGAAAAAUGCGUGGUUUUAAGAAACUAACAUGGAAUUUCUCUGAGGCAGGACAUGGGAAGAGUUCUGCAGAUGGAGUUGGAGGAUCAUUAAAAAAGAUGGCUGAUUUGGCUGUUUCUCAUGGCAACGACAUAAUGUGCGCAAAAGAUUUUGUCCAUGUUCUUCAUGCGACAAAUCCACAAUCAAAAAUUAAACUUUUUUUAAUAGAAGAAAAUGAAUUUGAUAAAUUCCAAGAUGUAGUUCCAUUAUCAUUAAAAUCUAUUAAGGGGACAAUGCGAAUUCAUCAAGUGUUAUGGAAAUCUGACAAUCCCCAGAAACUUAAAUUUAAAUACCUCAGUUGUUUUUGUGAAGAUUGCUCUCAUUAUGAACUAUGUGAAAUAGUGUAUCCUAAAAAUGACAAUGAUGAUAUGAUUUUAGAUAAAAAUUACGAAAUCGAAAAUGAAAUCAUAAAUAAUAUACCUGUUAAUUCUCCUGAUGAUUCUGUACUUUCAAAGAAAAGUAGACAAGCUUGCAGCAAGACUAGCAUAAAUAAAAUGUGGUGA